AUGGACUUCUUAAAGGCAGAGAUCGAAAAGAAGAGAAAAAGAAAUGAAUCAUUGUAUAGUACCGAAGGAUCUACAACGAAAAAGUACCUGCGUCAGAGAGAUCUAGAGAAAAAGAGAGAGGAAGAAUAUUUGAAGGAACAAACUGAGAGGGAGAGACAACGGGAGGAGAAGUUGAAGGAGAAGAAUCGAACGCAGUUCUUACGCCUAGCCGAACAAAAAAAGGGAGAUAAAUCAGGUUCAGACGGAGAAGGCCAUAAUACUGGCGCUAACAGUAGUGAUACGCUAAAUAUUGCCGUAGAUGAAGUAGUACGACGUCUUCGCGCAAAAGGACAACCGAUUCGACUUUUCGGCGAAACCGAUGAGGAGCGCAAGAUUCGUCUAAGAGCACUUGAAGUCAUUGAAGAGAGAACGGAAGGUCAACGAAAUGAUUUUAUGAAAACAUUGGAAGAGAUGGAGACGGGUCUGGAUCUCGAAGUGCUUGGUUCACGAGGUGACGGCUCUGCUGAUAAAGAUGAAAAAAAAAAGAAGAUUAUCGAAGACUCUGCAUUGGACGCAACUCAAAUAUCGCUAGAAUUACUAGAAAAAGAUCCGGACAAACUUCAUAUGUUAAUUUACACAUUUUUCAAGAGACUUUUGCGAGAGUGGGAACAGGAAUUGAAUAAUCGCCCUGAUAAUGUGAAACGCAGUACUCAGGGUAAACUUCAGGCCGCUAUCCAGAGACAGACUACCGAAUAUUUGAAACCAUUCUUUCGAACAUUGAAAAGAAAGAGAAUAGAGCCCGAUGUAUUGGCGCGAGUCACUGAAAUAACGCAUUACAUGCAAAAGCGAGAAUAUAUAAAUGCCAACGAUGCAUAUUUACGACUAUCAAUUGGUAAUGCCCCAUGGCCCAUCGGAGUUACUAUGGUGGGUAUCCACGAACGUUCGGCACGUGAAAAGAUUUUCUCGGCUCAGGUAGCUCAUGUACUUAAUGACGAAGCCACUCGUAAGUGGAUUCAGUCGAUAAAAAGAUUGAUGACCUUUUGCCAAUCGAAAUAUCCUCCCAAGGAUAAUUCGCAGCUGAUGGGAUGA